AUGUCUACCACGGUUGCAAAGAAGCCGCCCGUCAUCUCAGUCGGCAGAGCAAACUCAGAGUCUCCCACUGGAAGCGCCGCAGGAACCGGCUCGUCGCCUCCCAACCCGACUCACACGCGAGCCCACUCCGUUCGCUCGGCGACGCCCAACAACAACAACAACAACGGCCACUCGAGGACAAGAUCCGUUCGCGGCGCCCCUGUUUCUGCCCGCGCUGCCGUUGCCCGACGGGACACGGCCAUGAGCAACACCGACUCCGACGCCCGCGCGGCUGCGGCUGCCGCCCUGGAGGAUCUCCAGCAGCGCCUGGAAAAGGAGGAGAAGCAGUCGGAGCAGUACAGGCGACAGGCCGAGGUCUUGCAGUCCAAGCUAGACGACGCGGUCAAGGAGUCGGCCAAGCUGGAGGAAAAGGUCCACGAGCACGACGAGCUGAUUGAGACGCUGCGAAACGAAAAGAGAGAGGCCGGACGCAAGAUCCGCGAGAUGGAGACGAUAUACGAGGCUGAACGGAGCGCGAUCCUCAAGGAAAAGGAGGAGAUGGCGAACAAGGAGGAGGAGAUGCAGAUGGUCAUUGCGCGACUGAAGGAGAGCCUAGCCCAGAAGCUGAGCCUUGAAGACGACCCGAGGCCGUCGAGGCAAUCCAGCGCCUCUCCCUCACUUGACGGCAGCGGCUUUGCCCCUCCGUCUUCCCUUCAGCGGAGCGACUCGCGAAACAGCUCCAAGCUGAUCCUGCAAAAGGACAAGCUCAUCGAGUCGCUGCGUCUGGAACUCGCCGAAGCCCAGAUCAAGCUGGUUGAAUCCGAGAACCAGGGCGGAGGUAGAUUGCGCGAGGUCGAGCGACAGCUGAUGGAGGCGCGCAUGUCCAACGCGCGGCUCAUGGAGGACAACGAGAGCUACCAGCUGCUCCUCCAGGAGAAGACGCUCAAGGGCGACUUUGGCCAGAGUGACUUUAGCUACAUGAGCCCGACCGUCAACGAGGAGGCCUUGAACGCGCUCGAGGGCAAGGCAGGCGGCUCCAGUCUCGCCGACGAGCUUUCGGAUGCGACGCAGUCCGAGCCCGAGUACAGCGUGGAUCACCGCCGUCUCGAGAGCGAAGUCAAGGCGCUCAAGGAGAAGAACAAGGCCCUCACGCUGUACAUCAACAAGAUCAUCGAGCGCCUGCUCCAGCACCAGGACUUUGAGACGAUCCUGGACCAGUCGGCAGACAUGAAGCCCCCGUUGCCCGAGAAGGACAAGGAGCUUCCACCACCUCCGCCGCUCAACGGACAGCCCACGCUGCAGCGAACUCGGACCGCGCCCAUAAUGACUGGAAGGACGAGGCCGCGACCCUUUUCCAUCAUACAGACCAACGGCGCCCAACUGGAUCACACCGACCCCGACAAGGCACCGAGCAUCCCCAUCGGCCUUGGUCGGAUAAACAGACGUUCGCGACCUGUCAGCGACCAGUUCCCCGGGGCGGCCAGUCUGGUCAGCCAGAUGUAUAGGGGUCCGGACAGCCCUGCAUCGCCGCCCAUCAACCAGAGGCACUCCUCCGCCUUCUUCCCUACCGCCGGCGUGAUUGGCACUCCCGGACGGAUUCCUAGCGGUAGCCAUGCUCCUUCGUCCGGUAACUUCCCAGGCACGAGAGGCGAGAGAAGCGAGACGUCCAGCUUGAGCGGCGACUCUGGCGAGAUCUCGACGCCGCAGUCGCAGUCGCCGCCACGAUCCCACUCCGACAAGCAAACCACGUUCACCGGCAGCAAGCCCCGCCCGCUGAGACUGGUACAGGAGAACCCGGACGCCGUCAAGGACAACAACGCCAACAAACGAGCAAGCUGGAUCUCCGGCUGGGGCUGGGGCGGCAAGAAAGACGAAGUGCCAGCAAGCCCUGCAAUCCCAGAGUAG